AUGACUGGAAUUUCUGAAUUUAAACAUUUAUUUCCUAUUGAUAGUAUUCAAAAAGUUUGUGAAUUAUUUGAGGAACAACUGCGUAGUGAAAAGGAACCCGAUUUAGCAUUGUUUUCAAUUAUUGUCGGCGCUGUCGAGAAUAACCUUACAAAUAUUAAAAACAGCGAGAAAGAUGUUAAUUUAACUAAUAAUAAGUUCAUUAAAAUAAAGUUCCCUUCAGUCGAAUGGGAUGAAAUAAAGUCUUUGAAUGAAAGAUUCGAAUCUUUGAUGCGGGGAGGCGUUGAAAAUAAAUUAUUAAAUGGAGAAUUUGCUACUAGGGAUUUGAUAAAACGCGUUGCUGACAUAGUUUGGAAUUCUCUUACUCGUAGUUAUUAUAAAGAUCGUGCACAUUUACAGUCAAUCUACAGUUUUUUGACCGGUAAUAAGCUGGAUUGCUUCGGUGUAGCAUUUGCGGUUACUGCAGGAUGUCAAGUUUUAGGGAAACAAGAUGUACACUUAGCGUUAUCUGAAGAUCACGCCUGGGUUGUUUUUGGAAAGGAUGGUAAAGAAACUGCAGAGGUAACUUGGCAUGGAAAAGGAAAUGAAGACAAAAGAGGUCGUUCUGUCGGAGAUGGGGUAUCGGCACGUUCAUGGCUCUAUGUUGCUGGUAAACCGGUAAUAUGCACACGUAUAAUGGAACUGGCAGCCUUGGUAUCAUCAAUAAAUCCCACUUUAACUCCCACUGUUGAUGUGCAUGAAGUUGCGCAGAUGCAGCACAGACUCUUAUGGCUCCUGUAUGAUCAUGGCCAUUUAGAUGCAUAUCCUAUGGCUCUUGGAAAUCUGGGUGAUUUGGAUGAAUACAUGAAAAUAUCAGAUACUACAAGUGAUGCUCAAGAGUCUGUAUUUCAAGUGAUAUCAGAACCGGCUAGGCCGGAUUCUGCUGCCCUCUAUAGCCAAGCCAUUCGUUCUUCACAAACGCAUUACGAGGACCGGCAUGUUUAUCCAUAUACUUUUCAAGGCGGGUAUUACCAUCGUCAUAAAAUGUACAAAGAAGCAUUUCAUGCAUGGGCCUGCGCUGGGGAUGUCAUAAGACAUUAUAAUUAUUCCCGCGACGAUGAAGAAAUAUACAAAGAGUUCUCGGAGAUUGCUAAUGAAUUAAUACCACAAUUAAUGAAAACGGAGAGUUCCGGACACUCUGCUCGAUCAAUUUUAAAGGAUCCUGAAUGCUUUGCCUCACUCUUAAGAUUUUACGAUGGUAUUUGCAAAUGGGAGGAGGGUAGUCAAACUCCUAUUCUUCAUAUUGGCUGGGCAAAACCUCUAGUUAGUACAAUUUCCAAAUUCGAUGCAGAGGUCCGAGCUCAGGUCAACAUUAUUUGUAAUUCGGAGUCCGAUGAAGGAAAAGAAGAAACGAAAGACUUUGUGUCUUCAACAUCCGAAAAAAAGGAAGGCCAGGAUGUAAAAGAUAAAGAUAAAUGGAAUAACAACGCUGAUAACACGGAAAUGACAGUUAGAGAACAAUUAACUGCCGCAGUAAACAGCCGCCCUCGAGUCACUCUUUAUAGCCAUAAAAUGGCAGCAUUGAAACCUCUUCUAUUAGCUGAAAGAUUAAAUACUCACGCUUUGCAACUUCAGUUGACAGCACAGAGUCAGCUGCAGCGUCCAUUGGCGCCGGCGAAGAGACGCAACGAUGAUGAACAAAAUCAAUGUGCACAAUCUGCUCGUGGGAAACGUGCUAGAAGGGAACGUUAA